AUGGCCGGAGGAGUUUCUGUUCGCGACGUUGAUGCGCAAAAGUUCAUCGAGGCAUAUGCUGCUUUCUUGAAGAGACAGGGAAAGCUUCCUAUUCCAGGUUGGGUUGAUACCGUCAAGACCGGCCCAGCAAAGGAGCUCCCACCUCAAUCCAUCGAUUGGUUCUACGUCCGUGCCGCUGCUAUCGCUCGUCAUGUCUACAUGCGCAAGACUGUUGGUGUUGGACGUCUACGAAAAGUUCACGGCUCAACCCGCAACCGUGGCUCCCGCCCAUCGCAUCACGUCGAUGCCUCUGGCAGCGUAGACCGUAAGGUUAUGCAAGCUCUUGAGAAGAUUGGUGUCCUUGAGCAGGAUGAGGACAAGGGAGGCCGUCGUAUCACACAAUCUGGACAGCGUGAUUUGGACCGUAUCGCACAAACCACUAUCGAGGCUGACGAGGAAGAGGACGAUGAGUAG